AUCCGCAUACAGUUACACAUCUACAGUCUAUUGAGGCGGACGCAGGUAAACGAACGAGCAUGGUGACGGCUGUUGAGCGCGUUCGAGUUUGAUCGGUUCCUGGUGCUCCUGCCUUACUCUCCGUCCUCCCACUUCGCUCCUCUGUCUUCUUUACCUUCUCCUACCCUCUGUCUCCCGCCGGAGAUCCGCGAUGGGUCGGCCCCCGCACGGCGGCGGACCCGUCUUCCGAUUCACUCAGAACGAGGUGUUGGAGAUGGAAUCUUGUUUGCAAGAAGUGAAUAAUUCAAUACCACCUCGAGAGAUUAUAAGUGCGCUUGCAGAUAAAUUUAGUCAAUCCUCUGAGCGAGCUGGGAAGAUUGUUGUGCAAUCAAAGCAGGUAUGGAAUUGGUUCCAGAAUAGGAGAUAUGCACAGAGAGCAAAGUUGAGCAAGCCAGCUGCAAAGUUAAAUAUUGUGCCUAUGCAUCGAGAAGAAUCAAUUCCAUUUGCAAAUGUGGCUGCUCCUAUUUCUGCUCCUACUGGGGUCUACUCUACUUGGGAAGAAAGCAACUUGGCUAUACAAGACUUGGAACAUCCCUACUUUAAGGGUUUUUACUCUCUGGAAGAAGCUUUUACAGUUGCUAGGGCGAAACUUGGAAGUGAGCUUGAAGACAGUUCUACUCACACGUCAGAAGGUGCUGCAAAAGUCCACAGGCUCGACUAUUUGACUUUAACCCAACUCAAAGAACAAAAUAAGGCUACAACCUUACAAAGGACCUCUAAAACUCGUUUAGCAAGUUUUCCAAACACUAUUCCUGAAGACAUUACCAUAUACGUACGCAGUUUAACUAAAAAAUCAACUUUACAAACUUUUAUGGAACUAUGUGAAGCUCUGAAAGCUUUUCAUAAAACUCCUCCUGAUGGUAUGACAAUAGUCUAUGAGGCUGAGUUCAGCCCCAAACUUAAAUGCCAAAAGAAAGACCCACCUUGUAUUGACUUUGACAAAUAUAGCUGUCAAUGCCAACUUAUUUACUCUUUUCGCAGAGCCAAUAUGGAUUAUGAAACUUACACAAACACUGCCUACAAAGGCCGAAUUAUUACUCCUUUUACUUUACUAGACUAUGGUCUCCUGCAUAAUUAUGGAUCCAUGAUCCCGAUUCAGUUAAAGACUUUCUCACGAAAUUGAGCACAACACAUUUGAUAGUACUCCACCUGAAUGGCUGGAACUCAAAAUCAAACUCACUCGACAUCUAGUUAAAAUUGACGUUAAUAAGGUUGGUGGUUACCAAGUAGAACUAGAAGACUACCCAUUCGACCCAGACUUUGAUUGAGAAGCUCCUCCCGCUUUUGCUGAUCAACUCAAACAUUGGUGUGCCUCUAUCCAAGGAACACAUUGGGGAUGAGACAAAAUUGAAGAUCCAGACACUUAUUUUCUAGUAGGAAAAACUUUCACCGAGAAAAUUUACAAGCCAAAGGAAAUGGGUACUAGAUUUUUUCCGUUCAAUUUUACUACCCAGCAUACUACUCUAUUUCAUCAUUAUUAAAGGAAGACGAAAAGAAUGAGUAACAAACGGCUAGCAAGUUAAACACUUUCAUCCAGAGCCUACCGGGCUGCCCUGGCUAGGUACAGAGCACCAACCCAAGCGUUAAGCUCACAAGCUCCAUCUUUGGAUUCCACAGGAGAACAGAAUAUAGAUAACAUGAUUGACCCCUAAAAAUUGGACCCACUCUACAGUAACUUCACCAAAAUUACACAACUAAUAAAAUAUCAUUGGACACAAACUCAAUAUCAUCGGACACAAACUCAACAUCAAAUUUAUUCUACUUCUCCAUAAUUUUCAACUUGUUCUUCAUCGGAUACAAACUCAAUAUCAUCAUUAUGAUUCUCUUAUUCUUCGAACGCAAAAUCAUCCUCGUAAAGUUCUCUCACUCUAGAGCUUCUUCGGAGUUGUAAAUUUUCAAAUGCUCCACUUGCUUUAUCAACCAUUUGCCGUGUGAGCCCAAAACCUAGUUCAACUUCAUCAUCUUCUCCACCAUGCAUAAUCCAACUUUUGCAUUUGAAGCAUCUUUUGUAAGAAGGGCAUCGACAUUUUUUUUUUUUUUGUUUAUUCAACAAUCUAGCAUUAAAUUAGACAAACACUAGAUUGUUCAAUCUGUUGACAUCCAACCUAUUUCUUUUCUUUGUAUGAAUCUUCAAAGAGAGAGAGUAAAUAUUAUAGUUAGUAACAUGAAUAUAAAACUUUAAAAAUUAAUACUUUAAUUAAAGACUUAAAGUUUAAAGCUUACUCCUUUGAAUGCACUCCAAUUUCUUUCACAUCCAGAUGAACUUGAAGUUAAUGAAAGUAUCCUCGAUGUCACUCUUAGCAAGUUGGGUGUGUGAGCACCGUAUGUACUUCACUAUACACAUGGAUCAAAUGUAUCAUCAUUUUUUUUCCACAUACUUUUGCUCCUAAUGUUUUUCCAAAUAACCUAGUCUUGUCUCUAUUUUGUCAAUUCCUUGUUAAUAAUUGUAUCUUGUAGAUCUAACCCAUUGGCAUACAAAGUUUUCAUACAUUCAAAAAUCCUCGUCGCGACCUCCUCAUAAUGCAAUAGAACUAUCUUUAUAAAAAAUAGGGAUUCAAUAAAAAUGCAGUGGUAUGCAAUAAUAUGUCAAGUCUAUCCUUUAUUUUUGACUCAAUUAAUAGGUUGAUAAUUUGAUUCUACGUUCAGGGCCACCUUGAUGCCUUCUUUAGUUUGAAAAAGUUCCCCAUAUAGAAACCCUAUCGAUGGCUUUCUAUAUCCAUCUAUCAAUCAAAGAAGUCUACCAAAUGAGCAAAUAUUGUCAAACAAAAUGUCACACCAUUCCAAAAACUCAUGCUCAUCACAGUAGAGUAAAUCAAUUUCCCUUUGUUUUUAACCAUUUACAUUUCUCCUACAUAUCACUUGUAAACAUGACACUUAAACUAUUUUUUUUUCAAUCAAAUUUUGCAAUGUGAGGAAAUUUGAUGCAAAUCUAGUAACUCCUGGCCGGACUAUGUCUCUCUUCUUCGUGAAACUUCUCAUCAAUGACAAAGUCUUAUGGUAAGCAUAAAUGAAAAUGGUAAAAGACUUGGCUUGCUCAAUAACCUUUUUAUAUCGUGGAAGCUUGCCAAUACUUUCAAGCCUGAGAUUAACAGUGAAUUGCACAUGAAACUCCAAAAUAUAUCAAAUCGAUUUUCUCUCAUCAAUUUAGCUGCAGUCAUAUUGUUAGUGGCAUUGUCUGUCAUAAUCUGAAUAAUAUUCUGAGCUCCUACUUGUUCAACACAUUUGUCAACAUACUAAAAAAAAAAGGUCAACUAUAUAUGCCUCGUUUCAAGACUCCUUAGAUUCUAAAAAUGUAGUACUCAGCUUGCAAUUCACACAUAUUUAAGAUGCUUUUUCAUUUUCUAUCACUCCAUUCAUCUAUCAUGAUUGAGCGCUCAUUCUUUGCAUAUUCUUCUUCAUGUUUCUUUAGCAGUUGCUUUGCUCUUUCAACUUCGGCUUUCAACAGUGGCUCCCUAAGUUGAUAUUGAGUUGGAGGCUUGAAUCUUGGUCCAAAUUGACUCACUGCCUUCAUUAGUUGCUUGAAGCUAUCAUUAUCAACGAUAGUGAAUGAGAUUCCAUUUUCAUAAACCCAUCUCCCAACAUAUUGUUGAACUUGUUGAGUUCUCUCUUUAAAAAGAGUCUCAUUUAUAUCUUUUUGGCGAAGUACUUUACUCCCACUAGAACCUAUAUUUUUUGGAAUAAUUGCCGAUGCAUAUCUAUCCAUGGGGUUAAGUAGAAGAGGUUUUUUAAUUCCAUCUAUCCCUUCAAUUUUAGGACCUUUUUCUUCGUCUAGAAAAAUAGUCACCUCUACUUUACAGCUUUGUUCUCCAAUUAUUUUGUUCCUCUUUAUGUUUCUCCCUUCUAAAAUAGUUUGUGUGCACUUAUUUUUAUCUUCUUGAGAUGCUUUUCGACAACCAGAUACAUUUUCAAGUAUAUUUGUUAUGAGCUCAUUGAUCCUAUACACUCCCUCGAUAUCGUUUUUUCAUAUAACUUGUAUUUAAUUUUGUCGAGGUUCUUAGUAUCAAUCAACAUCCAAACUCUCAUCCGAUGUCAUUUGACUUUCUCCUAAGAAUCCCGAAUUCGGGUUGAGUGACGGCGUCGUCGAAGAUGCUCGCCAUUGUAAUUGUGAUAAUCUAAAAAGUGAUUUAAGAAUAAAUUUAUAAAUAUAAAAUAGUAAAAAAAUAUUAAUAUAAAUUAGUAAAAUAAUAUUAUCAGAU